AUGAAAGGGUCCAUACUCGGCAUCAUUCUGAAACCGCCUAUGGGCAGCAUAAUUAGGCAGUCUAUAAAGUCUUCAAAAUUUACAAAUAACGAGGCCGAGUAUGAGGCUAUGUUUGCAGGUCUCGAGCUGGCCAAGAGCCUAGAGGCAGAAGUCGUCGAAGCAAAAUGUGACUCCCUCCUAGUGGUCAACCAAGUAAAUGGGAGCUUCGAGGUUCGAGAAGACAUGAUGCAAAGAUACUUAGACAAACUUCAGGACAUAUUGCAUCACUUAAAAGAAUGGACUCUUGUCCAUAUUUCUCGAGAUCAGAACAGCGAGGCCGAUGCACUCGUGAACCGGGGAUCGUCCGUCGAAGAAGAUGACAUACUCCCGGGGGCUGUUUUAUAG